AUGGGCCCCGGUGAAAAAUAUCUCAAGUGUGAUGAAAUGAACAUGCUAAUGACCUAUCCUGCAGCCCACAAAAAUAAUGACUCUAUGGAAAUCGAUGAACCAAGCACUCCUUACCACCAAGAGAUGGGCAGUGAUGAUGACGAGGCCCUAACUGAAGCCCUAACUCCUGAGAACCAUGCCAACAAGUUAGCGGCCAUGGGAAGAUCAGAGCCAGUGUAUCGGGUUCGGGUACUGGAAAGCAAGGGAAGGGUCAUGGCCCUCACCUCAGAAGAACGAGAAAAAAAACGUCAAUUUGAGAUGAAAAGAAAGUUUCACCACAACGAAGAGCUGAAUACUAAACUAGCAACACAAUUAAUUUCCAGAUACCAACAGGAUGAGGUCCAGGAUGAAGAAAUGCCAGAGAUUGCAGAGGCAGAAAGCAUGGAGCUAGAGUAA